GCAGUCACGCGGCACCGGCACCAGGUCCGGGUCGCGACACGACGGCGCCUCAGUCAUCGCGGGCAGAGCGCAUCCUGAACUUGAGAUCCGUCGUCCAUCUUUCACUCAGCAGCACAUCCAACCGUCGUUGAAGUAGAACACCAUGGCUGUCGGAAAGAACAAAAGAUUGAGCAAGGGAAAGAAGGGAAUCAAGAAGAAAGUCGUCGACCCCUUCUCGCGCAAGGACUGGUACAACCUGAAGGCUCCUACCGUCUUCGAGAACCGUGACGUCGGAAAGACUCUUGUCAACCGCACCACCGGUCUCAAGAACGCCACCGAGUCCCUCAAGGGCCGUAUCUUCGAGGUCUCGCUCGCUGACCUGCAGGGUGGCACCGAGGACCAUGCUUUCCGCAAGGUCAAGCUCCGCAUCGACGAGGUCCAGGGCAAGAACGCUCUCACCAACUUCCACGGUCUUGACUUCACCUCGGACAAGCUGAGAUCCCUUGUCCGCAAGUGGCAGUCGCUCAUCGAGGCCAACGUCACCGUCAAGACCACUGACGACUACCUUGUCCGCCUCUUCGCCAUUGCUUUCACCAAGCGGGCGUCCAACCAGAUUAAGAAGACCACCUACGCGCAGUCGUCACAGAUCCGCCAGAUCCGAAAGAAGAUGGUUGAGAUCAUGACUCGCCAGGCUUCGAGCGGUACUCUUGCUCAGCUCACUGCCAAGCUCAUUCCUGAGGUCAUUGGCCGGGAGAUCGAGAAGGCUACCCAGGGAAUCUACCCGCUCCAGAACGUGUACAUCCGCAAGGUUAAGCUUCUUAAGCAGCCCAAGUUCGACCUCGGCGCUCUUCUUGCUCUUCACGGUGAGGGCUCUGGCUCUACCGAUGCCGGCAAGAAGGUUGAGCGUGAGUUCAAGGAGACCAUCCUUGAGGAGGUUUAAAUGAACAGUCUGGCUUGAGAAAAAAUUAGUUUUUGUGUAUGUUGCAUUCUUAUUGUGUUAAGAUACAUUGUAUAUGUUAUUGGUGUACAUGGAGACCUCUAAAAGUCUAAUAAAAAAUUGGAUUAAUGA